AACAGGCAGUAGAUAAUGACUCUACCUGUGCAGGAUGGGGAAAUUUGGACUUUCACUGUUCGAGCAUUCGAUUCACCAAUCCCGGGACACACCAUUAAUGUUAACUAUGAUGGAUUUGCUGAAGAUGUGAAAGUGGGUGAUGAGCUACUAAUAGAUGGUGGAAUGGUGAGGUUUGAAGUGAUUCAGAAAAUUGGUCCAGAUGUCAAGUGUCUAUGUACAGAUCCUGGACUUUUAUUGCCUCGGGCCAAUUUGACAUUUUGGCGGGAUGGUAAAUUAGUAAGCGAACGGAAUGCAAUGCUUCCAACUAUUUCUUCAAAGGAUUGGUUAGACAUCGACUUUGGGAUUGCUGAGGGCGUUGAUUUCAUUGCUGUAUCAUUUGUCAAAUCUGCUGAAGUCAUUAAGCAUCUUAAGAGUUACAUUAAAGCCCACUCUCCUAAUUCUGAUAUUGCCGUAAUUGCAAAGAUAGAGAGCAUUGACUCAUUGAAGAACUUGGAAGAGAUAAUUCAGGCAUCAGAUGGAGCUAUGGUGGCAAGAGGAGAUCUUGGUGCUCAAAUUCCGCUUGAACAGGUCCCAUCAGAACAGCAAAGGAUUGUUCAGCUAUGCAGGCAGCUUAAUAAGCCUGUUAUAGUAGCCUCCCAGCUGCUUGAAUCUAUGAUUGAAUACCCUAUUCCAACUAGAGCCGAAGUGGCUGAUAUUUCCGAAGCAGUUAGGCAAAGGGGGGAUGCUUUGAUGCUCUCUGGUGAGUCAGCCAUGGGCCAGUAUCCUGAGAAGGCAUUGAGUGUUCUAAAAAGUGCUAGUUUGAGAAUUGAAAGAAGCUGGAGAGAACAAAAACACCAUGAAGUUAUUGAACUACCAUCCAUAGCGUCUUCCUUUACUGGCAGUAUUUCAGAGGAGAUUUGCAACUCUGCUGCNUGA